AUGAGCCGAAAUUAUUGUCAUGUCGGGACACAUCAUCAAAGUUUAUACCUGAGGUUAGUGCAUGAUUUGUGUGUCUGUGUGUGUGUGUCUGUGUGUGUGUGUCUGUGUCAGGGAGGCAGAGCCCAGCGCAGACAGAGACAAGCUGAGGAGAGCCUGAGACCGUAUAUUGGCAGAGUAGAGCCAGAAAAGCUUUGUGAGCUGCUGAAAUGCCGCAGUCCAGUGGGAUCUUGGUGCCAGGUAGUUCAGGAAAAUGGAGUUCUCGUCCCCAAGUGUGUUUGUCCUCAGUCCUGUCCACGGCAGAGGGCACCAGUGUGCAGUGUUCUGGGAAAGACCUAUGGGAAUGAGUGUUUGCUGCAUAAGGAAGCCUGCAGAAAGAGACGCCGCACCGGACUAGCUCACACAGGACCCUGUCUGGUCCCCAAGGCUAAAUGCACUGAGGAGGAGUUAAGCCAGUUUCCAUAUCGUCUCCUGGACUGGUUCCUGCUCCUGAGUCGUAUGGGGGAGUCCUAUGUACCUGCUGCCCUGCCCCAGAGCUGCCUCAGCCAUGCCCAGAGGACGCAACUAGCACAGCAAAGAUUUACGGUACUGGACAAGAACAACGAUGGCAAGUUGAGCCGCCGGGACCUGAAGAAGCUGCGUUACAAGAGGAUGCCACUGGAGCACUGUGCUACACCAUUCUUUCAGUCAUGUGAUCAGAACAGGAACAGGAAGGUGACCCUGCAAGAGUGGACGACCUGUCUGGUGGAUCGCCCCGAGGACUGGUUCUACCAUUUCAUGUCAAUGAGAAUGGGGUCCCGCAAGUUGUGUCCUACAAUCAAAGAGAACCACCUUUGAAAUGAAAAACAGCCAUGAACUCCUUCCUGCAUGUCCUUUUUACAUUACUGUAAAGAACUCACUGGAGACAACAGCACCACAGUUACCUAAUAUAAAAGCUACACAGUUGGAAUCUCUACACACUGUUUACGCAUCUGUUUCACGCCAAUAUUCAUGCUCGUAACAUAGGGAUUUAUAACCUCAUCAAAUCUGAAAGUCUGCUGGUUGUCUGUGCAUUCAUGUGUGUAAAUACAUGUCUGGACAGACUGACUGCCAGCCUUGUUCAUUACAUUAGCUGACAUUUGAACAUUUGUGUUGUAAAAGAGCAGAGACAAUAGCCAAUAUUACCUAAGUCCCAAAUUACAUGGCAUGCUUUGAAUAACCAAUUAAAAGGGAGGAUGACAGCAGUGCAGACAGACAGUGUGAUGUACACUGAAUGACAAAUUAGAUGGGAAAUAAAGAGAAAGGGGGAAAGAAACGCUUAGUAUGGGAUGACGUGACAGGAGAAGAGACAGAGAGAUAAUAAAGAGGGUGAAGGGGAGAAGUAGAGGAAAGUGUCAUAAUUCACUGGAGGAGAGUGAGGGAGGGAAGGAGUGAAGCAAAGUGACUGAAGGAAGGAGAGAGAAGUACAAAGUGUGUUUGUGAAAGAUGGGAGGAGGUAAUGCACUGUAAAUGGGAGUUGAGAGAAAUGGAGUAAUGCAUAAAAAAUGGAUCAGAAAUGAGGGAAAGACUGAGAACGGAGAGUGAGAGGGGGAAGGGAUGGCUGAGAAAGCGGGAGGAACUGAGGAGAAGAGGAAAUGCAAGAAAAAAAGGUUUUGAUGCUGCAAAAC